AUGUCGAGCAGCCACCAAGAGCCAAGACCAGUUGAUGUCCCUCUUUCUAAGUCUUCACAGGCUUCCAUCCAUCAGCUAAUCGAAAGAUGCAUUGACUCUCAACGUCGUUUGGAGACUGCUGGACAGAAUCUCACUGAUCACAUGCUCCGUCAACGCACAGCUUCUCUUCUCAGUGAUCUCAGAAGCUAUCGUCGUGUUCUUGUCGAGAAUCUCACUGAGCGUUUCGAACCUGAUAUCGAGAGCAUCAGAAUUGUGGAGAAGGCAUUGCAGUUUAUUGCCUCUAGCACCGAUGAAAUCUGCCUAAUUGCCGGAAAAGAGUGCACUCAACAAAAUUGA